AUGCCUAGGGCUAAGAUGCUGCCGUACGCUUAUCCAGGCAAUUUUACACAAAAUGACAAACUGGAAGGCGAAUCGAGUUCAAAAGCGGAAGGGAGGCUUUGCCAUUCACCAACACCACAAACCCAUGAGUUCAUGGGCUACCGAAACAUAGCUAGCGACCCAAACAGUGUGUCGCUUGGGAACCUGGUUCUUACGAACGGGUCACGAGCCUCUCAAGCCUCGACAAUAUGCAGCGAGGCCCCGAUAUCAGUAUUCGCACCAUUAUCUGCCUCGCCCUCCUUUGACGAUGAACCCACGAAACUGGUUGUCCAUGCCUCGGGCCAACAAUAUUGGGAGGGCGUGCUGUAUGAAUCGUAUGAACGGUAUGAGAAUAUUGGGUCUUGGGCGGGGAUUUUGAUGUUAAGAAAUUGGAAGGGGACCUGGAGGUGGAGUUAUGGAAAGGGCAUUGGGAUAGAUAAUUGUUUAGAAUGGUGGACUUUGAUAACAAAAAAGGAAUCCAUUAAUGAAGCGAAACCGAAUUCCUAA